AUUAUCUGGUGAUAGACAAUCAAUACAACACAUCAAUAUGUUCACCAAAUUGUUAUCUCUGUGCGCCGUGGUGGCGGCGUGCUCCGCGGGGCUGCUGCCCGAGCCGCACUACUCCGCCGCCUCCGCCGUCUCCUCGCAGAGCAUCGUGCGUCACGACCAGCAACACCAGUACCAGCACGCCAUCGCCGCGCCCGUCGCCAAGAUCGCCGUCGCCGCCGCGCCCGUGGCCUACCACGCCGCCCCCGCACACUACUCGUCCGCCGCGGCCGUCUCCUCGCAGAACAUCGUGCGUCACGACCAGCCCCAAGCCCACCACCUCGUCCACGCCGCCCCCGCUCACUACGCCGCCGCCCCCGUAGCCUACCACUCCGCCCCCGCUCACUACGCCCAGCACGAGGAGAUCGCGCACCCCAAGUACGAGUACUCUUACUCCGUGGCCGACUCCCACACCGGCGACAACAAGUCGCAGCACGAGAGCCGCGACGGUGACGCCGUGCACGGCGAGUACUCCGUGCACGAGGCCGACGGCUCCGUGCGCACCGUGCACUACUCGGCCGACGACCACAGCGGCUUCAACGCGGAGGUGACCCGCACGGCGCCCACGCACGCGCCUGCGCACCACGCCGCGCCCGUCUACUACCACCACUAGGCCCCACACUGUACCUGACAAACGAACUAUUUAUU